AUGGGAGACCAAGAACCAACCCCCGAGAACCAUACCAUGAUGCAGGGCUUCGAAUGGUAUGUGCCCGCCGACCAGAAGCACUGGGUGAGGCUGGAGAAGCAUGUGCCGCAGCUUAAGGCUUGGGGCAUCGACAACAUCUGGAUCCCGCCCGCAUGUAAGGGUUCCUCCAAGACUGGGAACGGAUACGAUAUUUACGACCUCUACGACCUCGGCGAAUUCGACCAGAAAGGGUCCGUCGCGACGAAAUGGGGAACAAAAGAAGAGCUUCUCAAGCUCGCACACACCGCCAAGGAUAACGGCGUCGGGAUCUACUGGGACGCCGUGCUGAACCACAAGUUCGCAGCCGAUCGCAAGGAGAAGUGCCUCGCCGCCGAGGUCGACCCCGAUGACCGCACCAAGUUCGUCAGCGACAAGUACGAGAUCGAUGCGUGGGUCGGCUACGACUUCCCUGGCCGCAAGGACAAGUACAGCGAGCAGAAGUAUCACUGGUAUCACUUCAGCGGAGUCGACUACAAUGCCAGGAAUGAAAAGUCGGCCAUCUACAAGAUCAUGGGCGACAAGGGUGAUGGGCAGUGGGCUGAAUCAGUCGACGACGAGAAGGGCAACUACGACUUCUUGAUGGGUUCUGAUCUUGACUACGACCACCCGGAAGUGGUAAAAGACGUCCUCAACUGGGGCAAAUGGCUGGCCAAGGAAGUACCGUUGAAGGGCAUCCGAUUUGACGCAAUCAAGCACUAUAGUGAGGACUUCUUGCGCCAAUUCAUUACUGAGCUUGACAAGGAGUUCGGUAAGGGCUGGUUCUUUGUCGGCGAGUUCUGGAAGGACAGUCUCGACGACAUGUCCGAGUACCUGUCGCGAAUGGGCCGUCAGUUCACCCUCUUCGAUGCACCUCUCGUCUACAACUUCAGCGAGAUCAGCAAGGGCAACAGCGCCGACAUGAGAAAGGUGUUUGAUGGCACGUUGGUGCAGAAGGAACCCAUCAACGCUGUGACCCUGGUUAUGAACCACGACACCCAGCCGUACCAAGCGCUUGAAGCCCCCAUCGAGGGCUGGUUCAAGCCCAUCGCAUAUGCGCUCAUCCUGCUUCGCAGCGAAGGUUACCCCUGUGUCUGGUACGGUGAUUUGUACGGUAUCAAGGGAGAGCACCCGUUCCCUCCAUCUUGCGGCGAUGCUCUGUCGAAGUUCACGCUCGCACGAAAGCUCUACGCCUACGGCAAGCAGGCCGACUACUUUGACUACGCCACUUGUCUUGGCUGGGUCAAGUACGGAACCUGGGACCGACCUUUCGGCUGCGCCGUUGUGGUCAGCAAUGCCGGACCUGGCUCCAAGCGGAUGCACGUUGGCGAAUUGCACGCUGGAGAGGUGUGGACUGAUGUUCUCGGGUGGAACGACAAGGAGGUCAUCAUCGGCGACGACGGCUUCGGCGAGUUUGUGUGCUCUGGCACAUCAGUCAGUAUCUUCGUCAACAAGAACGCAGAUGGCAGAGACAAGUUCACCAAAGAAUUGUGA